UCGGAACCGCGGGACUUCUCAUCCCAGCGGUCCCUCUGUCCUCCCCGGUCCCCGAGGCCGCCCAGCCGUGCUCUGGCGCUCGUCUGCUCCCACCCUGCCCCCAUGGCUUCGCCAGACGACGCUCUGGGCGCAGAUCCUAUGGCAAAGGAGCCAGUGGAAGACACAGACCCUAGCACUUUAUCCUUUAACAUGUCAGACAAAUAUCCCAUUCAAGAUACGGGACUCCCUAAAGCUGAGGAGUGUGAUACAAUUACUUUGACCUGCCCACCAAAUUCUGAUAUGCAACAUCAGGGAGAAGAAAAUGGCUUUCCAGACAGUACUGGAGAUCCCCUUUCAGACAUCAGCAAGGACAAGUCCUGCAAAGAAAACUGCACUUGUUCCUCCUGCGCGCUCCGGGCUCCCACCAUAAGUGACUUGCUCAAUGAUCAGGACUUACUAGAUGUGAUCAGGAUAAAGCUGGAUCCGUGUCACCCCACGGUAAAGAACUGGAGGAAUUUUGCAAGCAAGUGGGGCAUGCCCUAUGAUGAGCUGUGUUUCCUGGAGCAAAGGCCGCAGAGCCCCACGUUGGAGUUCUUGCUGCGGAACAGUCAGAGGACGGUGGGCCAGCUGGUGGACCUCUGCAGGCUCUACCACAGGGCGGACGUGGAGAAGGUUCUGCGCAGGUGGGUGGAUGAGGAGUGGCCCAAGAGGGGGCGUGGAGACCACCCAAGGCACUUCUAGAGCUCUUCUCCUUCCUUCUGUAGCCUCUCGGAACAUUGAAACAAGCAGGUCAAGGAGGAACAUGGAUCUGUUCUAAGAGUUUAGGAUAAGGACGUGGAACGGCGGACAUUGGUUUUCCCCAAAGCUGGUGGUUUUGUGGGGGGUGGGGUAGGGUUUUAUUGUGGUGGUGGAUAUUUGUUUGUUUAUUUUUGCACAUCUGUUUUAAUUUAAUAUUUGAAUCUGGAAUUGGGAAAAAAAUAUUUUGUGCACCCAUAUAGGGGCCAAAGCCUACAAUCAGAAUGGAUUCAUGCCAUGAUCAAAAUAAAAUUAUCCUCUCCCUUAAAUACUGCUGAAGAUGUCAGUAGGACCUGGGACUGUUCAUGGCCCCAGAUAUACAUCAGGGGUGGAUAUGCAUCAUCCCAUGUAAGAUCCUUCAUGAUCAAUGGCAUUCCCAUGGCUUAGAAGGAAACA